AUGAAGUGCGACUUGUGUUGGAAACACGGACCGCCGGUGUCGUGGGACCGUGGAGCAGCUCCUGCAAUCCCAUCCACCAAAGAAGGCCUCUUGACAAGUUUGCAGGCGCAUGGGGCAGCUGAUGUGGGCGGAUUGAACAAAAUAGAACUUCGCCACCAUUUCUGCUCCUUGAUCAGGGGGCGCCAAAGCCCUUCAGAUCCGACGAAGGGCAUGUCCAACAUGACCAAAGCCAGCCUCGAAGUUCGUCUGAAAGAACAUGGCAUUGAUGGCGCCGAGUCCGAGAGUCGACGAACCCGCGGGUCUUUAAUGGCUGCCUUGCGCGACCAUUGGCUAGAACAAUGCCGCCUGGCUGAGGCUGGCGACACUCAGACCGCCCCUGACGAGCCUACGGCUCAACAAGAGUGGGAGUUGGUGAGUGGGGCAGAUGCUGCUGUAAAGCAGGUCGCAAUUGCGCAGGUGCAAGACGCUAUGGAACAGGUGAGAGAAGCCAGCGCUGCAUUGCAUGAAUUAAUGAUGGGAACAGAUCCCUCAGUGCAGGCAUGCAUUGCCGACAAUGUGAAUGCCCUCAAUAAUUUUUGCAGGUCUAUGGACAGGCUCAUCGGCGGACAGAAAGCUUCCGACUAA